GCUCCCGGUCCCCGAGAGCAUUACCGGGUUCGCCCGGCUCACAGUUUCAGAAUGGCUUCGGUUAUUGCCUUUCCUGGGUGUGCUGGCACUACUCGGCUACCUUGCAGUUCGUCCAUUCCUCCCGAAGAAAAAACAGCAGAAGGACAGCUUGAUUAAUCUUAAAAUACAAAAGGAAAAUCCCAAAGUGGUCAAUGAAAUAAACAUUGAAGAUUUGUGUCUCACUAAAGCAGCUUACUGUAGGUGUUGGCGUUCUAAGACGUUUCCUGCCUGUGAUGGUUCACAUAAUAAACACAAUGAACUGACAGGAGAUAAUGUGGGCCCACUAAUUCUGAAGAAGAAGGAAGUAUAAUAGUAGUGAAGUAGGAUUAAAUUCACUGUGUGCUGUAAACUCUUAUAACAAUAUUUUCUCAUUUUUUUGUGUAUAGAAAAUCUUUGAAUUGGUGAUCUUAAUUAUUAUUACUGGUUGAAUACUUAUUUCUGCCGAUUUAUUUUCUUGCUGUAUUACUGUUUAUAUUUGAUACUUUGUAUAUUCAAACAGUCAUAUAUAUAAAAAUUAAAUUGUCAAGCCUCUCAUGCUGGCUUCAAAGAAGUAAUAUAAAAUCAACACUUCUGAUUGUAAUAAAUUAAGAAAAUCUAAAUUUUG